UUAUACUUUUGGUUGGUUGAUUGUUUUUUCUAAUUGUGUGGUUAUGGGUCUCUGUUGUGUGGUUGGGGUAGCAACACCAAGUAUUUUUUGUUUGGUGCGGUUCAUGCUGCGUUUAGUAGUGUUACAUUUGAAGUUGUGUUGGCGGGGUUGUUGGUUUGUAUAUAUGGUAUUAGUACUUAUAGGCUGGAUUUUAGUUUUAAAAUAUUGGGGCUAUGGUUGCUUAUCCAAUAAUCUUGGCUUCGGUUUUAUGCGACUGUUAGCGGCUGAAAGUGAUUUGGUUAGUGGAUUUAAAACUGAUUAUUAUGGGUUAUCUUUUGCUAUCAUAUUUGCUUGUGAAUAUGCAAUAAUGGCCUUGAGAUAUGAUAUUUUUUAUACAUACUUUUUUUUGAUUUUUGUUCGUGCUGUUUUUCCGCGUAUUCGUUAUGAUUAUUUUGUUUCAUUGACGUGA